AUGACCUGCGGUACCUCCACACUCGGUAUCCAAGAAUUAAUACGCGAAUGCAAGUGUGAUACCAACUCGAUUCUACAAGAGAAAAACGAGGAUGGCAGCUAUCUCGACGCAAAAGAAUGUGUGGAAUGUGCCGCGAACACAGUCGCUGACUAUUCCACCUACACGUGCAAACCAUGUCCAGAUCCAAUGAUGAUUGUAGCUAGCAAUAGCUUCGUGUGUGCCUGUCCGAAUGACUAUCAGCAGGUCACGAGUUUAUUGAUGAGUGUCCAAAAGUGUGUUCGCAAUACACACAUCAACUUGAUCAGCUCCAAGAUCACACUUAACAACGCGAAGGACAUGACGUUCUCGUCCUUCCUGAAGGAAGAAACUGGCAGCUUCGAGUCGGUCGUUUCCGUCGCUAGUGCUGUUCUUGACGACAUGUUUCUGUCUGCCACCACUGCAUGUUACUUUUACCAAAGCGAGAAAGAUAUCGUGUCGUGUCAGGCACUGGGGAACCUCUGCGUUCUGCAACAUUUCGACCCUCAAGCACCUUCCUGCGCUGUUUUCGACUCAAUUCAACGCAGUGGACGAUCGUCAAUAGUUAACAACAUCGACGGGUGGUUCACCACGUUGCCAUUCUUGAACUAUCGGUCGGUUGCAUCCAGUGUACUUCAGACGCCAGUAGGCAUGAAGAUGACUUCGGACGCGGCAUCGAAUGAAGGCAUUGAUCAUCUUGAGUUCGUACUGGCCAGCUAUCACGUCAACGGCACGCUCAUCGGAUUUCGACCGCUGACACAUGAACUGGCCUACUGUCAACCAGGCAGCGUUGGCGUGGCUGAUUCUCCUUCGUGGAUGCACUUUGGAGUGAGCGCAGUAUCGGAAUAUUCGUGCAAUCUCGAGGCUUUACAGACUUCCAAGCUAAUUCUGCACGAGAUUUUCUUGGUCGAUACGACGAGCAGUGGAGACGAUAAGAAGUUCAUUCCCAUUCCUGUGAGGAAUUUAAACUAUCGUGACAGCAGUGGAGUGUUCGUCAAUCAGGAUAGCGACAUAGCAAACGAUUUUCUAUCUCAUCGCUUCUUCCUGUACGACUUUCAAACGGGAAUUCCAGUUGACGAGACCUCUUCCAACGUGAUUCGAUACGCUGGAACCAUCACACUCACUAUCCGAACACAAGCGUCCGACCCACACUUCAUUUAUGUCCCGGAGCUAACGAUAGCAUAUGUCGACACACAGAGUCCCAGAGUCGUCGCAGUAUCACUUCGUGUAGCGUACACUUCCGACACGGACGAGUUUUGGUCGUUUGCAAAGGCUGUGUACACUGUGGGGUGCGUCCUCGCAGGAUGUCGCGUCCUCCUUCAGACGUUCAACUGGUACAGACGUAGCAUCCGGAACGAAGUCGUGGAGAAUGCCAUGUGUCAGAUUCUAUCGACCGUGAUCAGCUACAGUGCCUCCUACUUCGCCCCUGUCACAUUUACAGUCAUGUUGAUAAUGUGCAGCUACUUUUUCAUCGUCUUUCGACUCCAGUCCAGCACCGUUCUCAUGCUUCCAGAGGUGAAUUUCGACCCCCUUGCAAGAGGUGUCGAUGAAUAUUACCCGUUCCGAGUGCUGCUUCCUCUAUCCUUCUUCUGUCAACUGGUGUCAGUGUUCCAUCACGUCUAUCGUCAAGCUCAGCUACAGCUCUUCUUCAUUGACUGGGAGAAACGUCGCGCUACCGUCAUGGAUAUCGAUUCCGCCAAGCCAACCCACGCUUCCAUCAGUGUGUGGCGUAUGAUUUUGGUUGUCAACGAGUGGAACAAGCUCCAAACUGUUCGCAAGACUUCGUUACGCUUCACACUUGUGUUCGUAUUAUUUCUUGUGUACGGAUGCAACUUGAGGAUGCUCUCGCUUCCAGUUCCAAGAGCACAAAUGCCGUACGUCACCCUCACAACGACUGCGGUCUCCAAUGAUGCAGCUGAUGACCAAUCGAAUCCUUAUUUACGCUUCGCCAACGUCUCGCUCUGGUGGCUUCUCGUUUAUAUGGGUCAAAGACUCUGGAAAUUUUUAAUCUUUGAGCGAUAUAUCGAUGAACCACGCGAGCAGCUCUUCAUCGACUUGUGCACUGUAUCGAAAGUGAGUUGUCUGUUUCUCGACGAACCUUAUCACGGUUUUUAUCUGCAUUGUCGAUCGCCACAUCCAUUUGCCGACGGGAAUAUGAGAGAGCUGGUCGAUCAACUCAAACAGGAAGAAGCAGGUCUUACAGCUGGCAGGCAUCUCGACUCCACGUUGCCCGAUUGCCAAACGUUUGAAAUAUUUGUGACUCGCAAAUGGAAACGCAAGUUCCGCAAUUUGUACUCGUCGGUGCGAGGUGAAAGUCUCGUGGAUGGACGUGGUGUUGGCGGUGAAGGAUUGAUUCAAAGAUCUUUCUCUCCAAACGGACCGUCCACACUUCCGCUGAAAAGCUCCGACUUGAACGGAGUGGUGACAACCGAAGCCAUGGUUCACAAUGCCGAGCAACUCCGGGACUACUUGAAGUCAUUUAUAGAAAACCAGAACGAUAGAUAUCGAUGGAGGAUUUACCGUGCGCACACGUGCCUCACACGGCUUCUGGAUAUCCCACCAGACAUGUCGUUCAGCAAGCAGUCUCUCUUUUUGCCAGACACGGCGUCCAGGUUUGCUAAAGCUUCGCUACUGCUGGGGAUCGAAAAUGAUCUGAUGUUGCUGGAUCUGCUAUGCUUCUGCUUGUUCGACUUGUGGAUUGGUAACCAUGCGAUUUCUGCUCUCGCGACAUAUGCGCUCCAAAUUCUGUUGCUCUCCAUCCGUGCACAUGUCGGUCGACGAAACAUUGCCAGAAGCACACUCGUAGAUCCACGCUUCUUAAUAUAA